CUGCGGGGGAAGCACCGGGCAGGAGGGAGGCGUUGGAAUACGCCAGGACAUAGACAAGCCCAAUGACGAAAGGGCUUUUACUCAACGUGGCGGGGCAGGAUAAUACUUGCAGGGGUCCAUGUGCAUAAAAGCGCAACGAGACGCUUGAAACACAUGACGUGACAGCAGCUUUUUUUUUUCCCCCUCUCCCCACGGCGCAUUGGUGCAUACCUCCACCAUGACAUACGGGUUGUUACUUUUUCUUCCAUUUCUUCUCGGCACCCAGGGGCUUCUGCAGGAGACCGUUAUCUCCAAAGAGCCACACGCAAAGAGUGAAAAAGUUGUCACCACAUCCGGCAAAGAAUGCGUGCUUCCAUUUCGUCAGGGCGGAAGAAUUCAUCAUCACUGCAUCACCGUCCUCGCCUCGAGACCGUGGUGCUCUCUUACGUCUAAUUUUGACCGGGACCGAAAGUGGGGCUUCUGUGCGCCACAGCGAAGACAGCCAAACGUCUCUGUCCACACGGCUCGAAGGAUCACCAAUCCGUGUCGGGUGCCGCCGUGUCAAAACGGCGGCACCUGCAUGCUCGUCGCUAGCGGGCUGGCGUUCGAGUGCUCCUGUCCUGAGGGCUUUUCCGGACGGCUGUGCGAGCACAAACAGUGCUACGAAACCGUACACCUGCACCAUUAUGACGCCGGAGAGUCUUGGGGCCGCAUUCACCUCCGCAACGUGGAACAGUGCACGUGCGUCGGCGGCAAAAUCGAGUGCCAGCGAGCCCGCUACACGCCGUGCCGCUCGAACCCGUGUCAGAAUGACGGAACGUGUCGGAUGAUCACAGCCACUGGCAAGGAGGUGUGUAACUGCAGACACGGCUACAGCGGACCGCACUGUAGCUUCAAGCCAGAAAGCGAGUGCUACAACAGCCGUGGCAUGAGCUACCGAGGCGUGGCAUCCACGACGGCGUCUGGUGCCCGCUGUUUGCCGUGGAACUCGGACCUGCUAUACGACGAGCUCCACCUGGGCACGGUGACUGCCGCGCCCCUCAGGGGGCUCGGGGAGCAUGCCUACUGCAGGAAUCCUGAUGGAGACAAGAUGCCAUGGUGUUACACUGUGAGCAAGGGCGCCAUCUCCUGGGAGUACUGCACGGUGCCCUCCUGCAAGAUGCCAGUGUCGUCUUCUCGUAGGAUGAGCACGUUCAACAAGCUGCCCGUAUUGGGCGACUCGGACCGGUCCGUGCCGGCCAAGAAGUCGGUGUGUGGGACAAAACACAAGAAGAGGGUGAACGUUGCCAGGGGAAGGAUCAUGGGAGGGACCUCGGCUAUGCCGGGCAGCCACCCGUGGCUGGUGGCCAUUUACAUCGGACAGUCGGACUUCUGCGCCGGGACCUUGAUUGAAUCUUGCUGGGUCGUCUCGGCGGCGCACUGCUUCUUCCGCAACCCCCUGAUGUCGCAAAUUCGCAUGGUGCUGGGCCAGCACCACUUCAACGUCAGCGGUCCCGACACACGUACGUUCGGAGUGGACAAGUACAUCUUCCCCAAACAGUUCUCCAUGUUCAGAAACCCGACGCUCCACGACAUCGUUCUCAUCAAAUUGAAGAAGCAAGAUGGCCGCUGCGUGCAGAGGACGCCCUUCAUCAGGCCCAUUUGUCUCCCCGACAAAGGCAUGGCCUUCCCGGACAGCUACUGCUGCUCCAUCAGUGGCUGGGGACACAUGCAUGAAAGGGCAGAUACUUAUUCCAGCCUGCAGGAGGCGGGAGUGAGGCUGAUCCAUAAUGACAUCUGCAGGAGGCCAGCGGUGUACGGCAACCACGUCACUUCAGACAUGCUUUGCGCUGGCCUCAACGGCUGUGUGGAUGCUUGCCAGGGGGACUCUGGGGGUCCGUUGGCCUGCGCGAAGGAUGACGUCAACUUCCUGUAUGGGAUCAUCAGCUGGGGUGAGGGCUGCGGCCGCUCUGGAAAGCCGGGCGUUUACACUAAAGUGCCCAACUACAUGGACUGGAUUAAUUCUGUCAUCAGACGGAAAGCCAAGAAGGCAUGAAAGGAGAUUUGUGAAUAGUUUAAUAAAUGUACUGUAUUUGUUUUGUUGUUGAUUGCCAAUGACCUUUUUCCAACUGUGAAAUAGUUAGAGACUGAAUAAAAACUUUUACGUACAAAUGACGAGUAAACGUUUACCCACAUCACUCUUAAAAUGACAA